GAUUUGGUGUGGCGCGCGUGCGCGGCUCACAAUGAGCGGAACUUCCUCAUCGUGCGGCCGCCGACAGAGGGUGCAGAAUCUGGCGACCUUUUGGUGGUGCAUGAAAACGGACGUGCUGGGAGCCGUGCGCAGCAGCAAGUGCCCUACAAGGAUGGCUUGACUGACAAGCUCUUUGCAGUGGACCACGAGCGGCAAGAGUGCACCCGAAUGUGGAGUCAGCAGAAAUCGGAUGACCUGAUGGCCCAGAUGGACAACAUCGACGAGGAGAUCGCCGAGCCGUUCAAAGAAGCGCUCAAGUCAGAACUGCGCAAGUACGUCGACAGCCGCUAUGCAGAUCAGGGAGGCAUGAGCACAGGCGCUGCUUCUUACACACUUUAUA